AUGGCGGACUCGGACUGUGGAGGCUGUGGGAGCCAUGAUGAAGACAGUUUUCUAUACUUUGCCUAUGGUAGCAACUUGCUAACCGAGAGGAUCCACCUCCUGAACCCCUCGGCUGCGUUCUGCUGCGUGGGCCGCCUGCAGGAUUUUAAGCUUGACUUUGGCAAUCCCCAAGGCAAAGAAAGUCCUACUUGGCAUGGAGGUAUAGCUACCAUUUUGCAAAGUCCUGGAGAUGAAGUGUGGGGAGUAAUAUGGAAAUUGGACAAAAGCAAUUUAAGUUCUCUGGAUAAGCAAGAAGGGGUUACCAGUGGAAUAUAUGAUCCAAUAGAAGUUAAAGUUUACACUCAAGGAAAAAAAGAAAUCACCUGUCGAAGUUAUCAGAUGAAAAACUACGAGAGCGUUCCUCCAUCGCCACAGUAUAAAACGGUUAUUUGCCUGGGUGCAAAAGAGAAUGCUUUGCCAUUGGAGUAUCAAAAGAAGUUAAAAGCAAUAGAACCAAAUGACUUCAAAGGAAAACUGUCCAAAGAGAUUGAAGAUAUGAUCAAAAGGGGGGAAAGAGAAGCAAAUCAUUAG